AUGAACGCCACACCUACCAACCGUCUCAAGCUGACCCCGUCUAAUUCUCCCUAUCUUCAACGUCCCUCUCGAUCUCCCCUGCGAGGGCGUCCCCAUCAUGAAUCUCGCCUCGCCCUCAAGAGGGUGGUAGGGACCACCUGCGUCUCCCCUACCGGUUUUGACGCUGUACAGUCCUCCUUUGCCUAUAUUGCCGGCGGUGCUGUCGUGGUCGUAGACGUGGACGGGGAACAUUAUUCGCAACGCUUCUACAGAGCGAGGCCUACCGCUCAGCCCGUUUACGGCGCCACGCACUCUCACUCUGCGUCGGCUUACGCGCCGUCUACCCCCACCUCGACACCCAAAGCCAACGAUAGUAGGAACAGAGUGGCCUUGGGCGCCCGUGAAUCCUUUUAUGGCUCUGUCGACUGGUCCGAGUCCCCUACCUCCAGAACCUGGACCAGCCGCGAGCGCAUCAAGGCGGCAACCUGUCUGGCCUUGAGCCGGGAUGGAAAAUACCUGGCUGUCGGUGAAACAGGCUAUGCUCCCCGUGUUCUCAUAUUUGGCCUCGAAGAUAACUCUUCCGAUACCCCGCUCGUUUCCAUCAGCGAGCACGCCUUCGGCGUCAAGGCUAUAGCCUGGUCCGCUGACACUAGGUGGCUCGCCUCACUUGGCACUGCCAACGAUGGCUUUCUCUAUCUCUGGAGAGUAGAUGCUCGGACCGGAGCCGCCAAGCUCCACCAACAGAACAGGUGUACAUCCACCAUAAAGGGCAUGGUCUGGAUGGGGAACAAUCUGGUCACUUUCGGCGUUCGCCAUAUCAAGGUCUGGAAAGCCGACGACGCCCAGGCCGUGUCCCCCGUCAAACAAAAGUUCGCGUCUGAGCCCGCCACCGCCUCGCACUCGAACUAUUCGAAGAGAAAAGCCCUUCCGGGCCGCAACGUGCUCCUGGGUCCCCUCCUAGCGGCAACCUUCACCUGUGCCGUCGCCGUGGAUGACUCCCGCAUCGUCGUUUGCUCUGAGGGGGGCGAUGUGUGCAUUGUCGACGAUCAUGGGAAACAAGCGAGGCUGCUUCGUUGCAUCAAUCUCGACUUCCCCGUCGCCUCCAUUACCAUCCGCCACGCCACCGUUUACGUCGGGGGCAAAUCUGGCCAAUUUGCCACCCUUAGCCUGAGGGCGGUCCUGGACUGUCUGCCGGAAUGUGUACUAACAAGGAGCAAGGCGCGGACUGGCCUCGUCGCCAUGGGCUUCUUGAUCGAGAAUUUAGUCAUUAUCGACGCAAAACGUUCGAUAGACAUUUGGAGCUCAAGUUAUAUCCCCGGUGAGACGGAGGAAGACGACUCUCACAUUCAGCUGCCCGGUCACGGAGAUCAGAUCCUGGGUAUUCAGGCUCUACCCAAACCCAACGUUCAGGACGCUGCCUUCCUGACAUGGUCGGGGUCUGGGCGGGUAGUUUUCUGGGAUCUGGACGGGAGAAUCAAGUCGUCCCUCCAUGUUCCCCUCGAACAGGUUGUCCCUGAAAACGACAUGGACACCGGAAACCAGCUCAACAUCGUCCGCGCCACUAGGGCUGGGAAGCUUCUUCUGGUGGGAGACAAGCUCGGAGUCCUCAAGGUCAUCGAUGCCAAGACCCAGCAGUGCUUGCUGGAGACCAAAGCCCAUGCCGCGGAUUGCCAGUCCAUCAGCGUCUAUGAAGACGAUUCGAAGUUUUUAAUGGCCUCAUGCGGAAGGGACCGAACCACCCAGCUGUUCCACCGAUCAUCCCGAGGCGCCAUCGAACAUGUUCAGACGCUCGAUUCGCCGGCCAAGGUGGUCAAGGUACAUAUGCCAUCCGACAGCAGAAUUAUCACCUGUUCCUUGGAUAGAUCGAUGCAGAUUUACGACGUAGUCCGCAAGGAAGAAGACCCCAACGCGAUCGCGGCUCUCAAUUCGCGACACAUCGCCCUGAAGGCAUCCCCGACCUCCUUCGUCUUGGGCGAAGGCGACAACACGGCUUUCGUGUCCAUGCUGGAUCGAUCCGUCUGUCAGUACGAUCUCGCUACAGGCAAGCAACUCUCGUCUUUUCGCUGCGUCGACGAAAGAGGCGUGGAGGCCGCAAUCCUCGAUUCGUUGACUGCAAGCCCUUGUCCUGGCAAGGAAGGCGGCAUCUUGCUGGGGUUAUCGAACACAGACAAAUCCGUCCGAUUAUACGACGCCCAAACCGGUAGCUUUAUAGACCGCGAGUGGGGACACACGGAAGCCAUCAAUGGCGUUGCACUCGUCGAUGAUGAAGACGGGUAUCAGAACGUCGUCAGCGUGGGCUCGGACGGGACCAUGAUGCGCUGGGGCAUGGACAUGCAGGAAUACUCGCCUGGUUCGACGAGUAGAGAUCCGUCGCCCGUAAAGAGUGCGGAUUCCGUUUCGGCCCGUCCUCCGCUGCGACGCGUUCUUUCCAAGGCGGAACUGGCUGAAUUUCAGCGACCCUCCCCGACGACUGGCCGCCGCUCACCGCCCAGGACUUUGAAUCGGCGGACGUCGCGAUAUGGUCUGAACCUGAACAGUGCUGUCACUCCAAAAGGGACUCACCAGUCCAGCCCGUCUGGUACCAUUGCCGAAAACGACACCCCAUGCCGUCGUCUGUCCUCUAAUAGCCCCUCCAAUAGUCCACCCCAAAGCCCGAAAUCGCGGGUGUCGAGGCGCCCGUCGUUGCCGGCCCUCAGCAUCAACUCUCGAAAGAAGAGUUCGCCUAGCCUGCGAAGCGGCGGCGCAGGCGGUCCCUUCGGAUCCCUCAGCAUGGCCACCGAGCAGGCCUGCCGCACGUUGCGAGCAUAUCGGAAGAAGCUUGCGUUGUCAGUCGAGCCCGUGAGCGAGGAGGCGCUCGCAGAGCUUGGCUCGGAGCUCCGAUUAACGGCCGCCGCUUUGAGCGACCGCGCCGUUAGAGACAAGGCCAUCAGUGACUCGGUCAUCUCGGGUCUCGUGGACCAGUUGGGGGAACACUUUGCUGACCAGGUUAAUGGCCAGGACGUGCCAGCCACUUCCCCCCUGCCCGUGUGUGAAAGAUGA